AUAAAUAAAUAUGUAUAGAAGAAAUGAAGCACAGCAUGCUUUUGCGUCUUCUAUCUUCGGUUGCUCCGCCGCGUCAUCGCCCCUCCCGGCGAUCUCUCCGCCGAUCCAUCACUUAUUUCCGGCGAUUGAGCGCUAAUUCCACCGCAUUCUCUCUUCCUGUUUGUUGUUCCAGGAGACGAAUCAGACAAUAUAGGUCGAGUCGCGUGAUUGCUGAUAUGGACGCUGGGAAUUUACUGGAUAAAGCGAAAAGGCCUGUUGAUUUCAGAUUGUGUAAAGUUUUCGGUUCAACGACCGAGCUGCUGGAAAUUCAGGCAGAGAAUCCUACGUUCCAUGUAUUGUUUAUUACAGGAAAUCCAGGUGUUGCGUCGUUUUACAAGGAUUUUGUGGAAUCUUUGUACAAUUUUCUUGAUGGAAAUGCAUCUAUAACAGCUAUUGGACACAUAUCUCAUACGAGCAAGGACUGGGAGUCUGGAAGACUGUUUUCAUUGCAAGAACAAAUUGAUCAUAAGAUGGAUUUCAUCCGGCAAGAGUUGAGAGAUGUGAAAGUUCCAAUUGUAUUGGUUGGGCACUCUGUUGGGGCUUAUAUAUCUCUUGAAAUGUUGAGGAAAUGUUUGGACAAGGUGAUAUAUUGUGUUGGCCUAUAUCCAUUUUUGGCUCUCAAUCGGCAAUCACUGAAACAAUCCUACAUCGUGAAACUUGCAAUGUCAUCAUUUCUGUCGACUACAGCAAGUCUUCUGAUUGCAUCUCUUGGACUGUUACCUAUGGGGGUCUCUCGGCUUUUUGUAUCAAAGUUCAUUGGGAAUUCAUGGUCUGAUGCUGCUGUUCAAGCCGCUUGCACCCACUUGAGGCAGUAUCACACCAUGCGCAAUGUCCUCUUUAUGGCAAAGACAGAGUUUACAAAGCUCGCCGAGGAGCCAGAUUGGGAUUUCAUGAGAGAAAACCAGAGCAGACUUGCGUUUUUAUAUGGCAUUGAUGAUCACUGGGGUCCACUGCAAAUGUUUGAAGAGAUAUCGAAGCAGGCGCCAGGUAUUCCCUUAUCGAUCGAGAGGGAAGGCCACACGCAUGGAUUCUGCUGCACGGUCGCUGGCUCGACGUGGGUCGCACAAUACGUAGCCACUUUGGUAAAGGAUCGCAUUUCACAGCUCCAGUGAGGUACGAUAAAGAACCAUUUACAACUUGGUAUUGGACCCCACUCUCUAGAACUGUAUAACCAUGUCGUCACAACUAUGGUGAGAAUGUCGGUUGACUGAAGAAAUUUGAUAAGAAUCUCUUCAUCUCGGGUCUAAUUGAUGGUGCUUGGUCUGAAUGGGUUUGGAUGAUCCGGUUUAAUUUGAUUCAUCCGGUUUGGUUUGGUUUGGCUGGGUUAAGAAAAAGUACAUACUGUGGAAUGUGGUCACUUUCUUAGGUUUGGAGAAAUAGUUAUGACGAAUAUUUUGAAUUUACCGUUAACAAAUCA